GUCUGAGCUGCUUCAUGGACUUUGGGGCCACCUUUGGUUUUCCUAUUUCCUCGUAAGGUAAUUAAAAUACCAGGUUGUUUCCAUGAGAAGGCCUUCCUCUCAGAAGCCAUCAUCAUCGGACUCUCAGAAACGGUCGUGGUCCAAGGAAGAAGACCAGAAACUUAUUGAUUACAUUCAGAAACAUGGUGAAGGUUGCUGGCCUUCCCUCCCACAGGCCGCAGGGUUGCGUCGGUGCGGCAAAAGCUGUAGAUUGAGAUGGUUAAAUUAUCUGAAACCAGACAUCAAACGAGGAGACUUUGGAGAAGAUGAAGAGGACUUAAUCAUCAGGCUUCAUGCUCUUCUUGGCAACCGGUGGUCACUGAUAGCUGGAAGACUACCAGGAAGAACUGAUAACGAGGUGAAGAAUUACUGGAACUCACACAUAAGAAAGAAGCUUAUUCAGAUGGGUCAUCGUGAUCCCAACAAUCCUCGUCAUCAUCGCUUUAACGUUGGAUCUGUAAAAUCUGAACCUUCGAAUUCUGUCAACAAUAAUAUCGAGGAUCAUAAGGUAUUAGAGCCAACAAGCAAGCCCGAGUUCAACCUCAAUGCUUUUCCUGACUUGAAUCUCGAUCUCACACUCACUGCUUAUUGCUACUCUGGUGAUGAUCGUUGAGAGAGUGGUCCUUUGACGAUCAGAAUAUUCCUGUAUCUAUUAGCAUGUACAGGAUAUUCUUAUUCAUAAGAUAAGUCAAUCUAUGCUCACUAUAAAAGCUUAGUUAUAAAUUGCUACCCACUAUUAUUCUGUUGCUGUAAUAUAUAACGAGGAAGUAGUGACGGAGAGUUGCUAGUAAUUAAUUAAAGAGUAUUGUAAUUGUGAAGUUUUAUUUAUUUAUUAAUUAAUAGUAGUUGCUCCAUUUGAAAGUAUA